AUGGCUGAAGUUUUCACAAAUUUAACUGAAUUACCACCAGAUCCAUUAUUUGGUUUAAAAGCAAGGUAUACAAAAGAUUCACGUUCAGAUAAAGUUGAUUUAGGUAUAGGAGCUUAUAGAGAUAAUAAUGGUAAACCUUGGGUAUUACCAGCAGUUAAAUUAGCAGAAAAAAAAUUACAAAAUGAUCCAAAUUAUAAUCAUGAAUAUUUAUCAAUAACAGGAUUAGAACCAUUUUUAAAUUCUGCUGCAAAAGUUUUAUUAGGAGAAAAUUCACCAGCUAUAAAAGAGAACCGAAUUAUUAGUCAACAAAGUUUAUCAGGAACAGGUGCAUUACAUUUAGCUGGUGUUUUUUUAAAAAAAUUUUAUAAUAAAUCAAAAGAUAUUUAUAUAUCUUCACCAACUUGGGCAAAUCAUAAACAAGUUUUUGAAACUUUAGGAUUAAAUGUUAAAACUUAUCCAUAUUGGAAUAAUUCAACAAAAUCAUUAGAUUUAAAAGGUUUUUUAAAUACUAUAAAUAAUGCUAAUCCAGGUUCAAUUUUUCUUUUACAUGCUUGUGCUCAUAAUCCAACAGGAUUAGAUCCAACAGAAACUCAAUGGAAUGAAAUUUUAAAAGCAUUAGAAUCAAAAAAACAUAUUAUAUUAUUUGAUUCUGCUUAUCAAGGUUUUGCAAGUGGUGAUUUAGAAAAAGAUGCUUACCCUAUUAGAAAAGCAAUAAAUGAAAAAAUUAUAUCAUCACCAAUAAUAAUAUGUCAAUCAUUUGCAAAAAAUGUUGGAAUGUAUGGUGAAAGAGCAGGAGCAAUUCAUAUUAUAUUACCAACAACAGAUUCAAAAUUAAAUAAUGCAAUAAAAUCUCAAUUAAAUUUAAUUAUAAGAUGUGAAAUUUCAAAUCCUCCUUCUUAUGGUGCAAAAAUUGUAAGUACUAUAUUAAAUGAUUCUGAAUUAUAUAAACAAUGGAAAAAAGAUCUUAUAACAAUGUCAAGUAGAAUUAUAAAAAUGAGACAUGAAUUAAGAAAAAAAUUGGAACAAUUGGGAACUCCUGGAACUUGGAAUCAUAUUACUGAUCAAACUGGUAUGUUUUCUUUUACUGGUUUAACUCCUGAACAAGUUGAAAGAUUAGAGAAAAAACAUGGAAUUUAUUUAGUUAGUAGUGGUAGAGCUUCAGUUGCUGGAUUAAAUGAACAUAAUGUUGAUAAAGUUGCAAAAGCUAUUGAUGAAGUUGUUAGAAAUGUGAAAUCUAAGCUUUAA